AUGGAAGACUCCAACUUCAGUCUCCAAGCCGAGACUCAGCAGCUCAGGGAACAAUACAAUGCACAACUACGUAUGGACAGUCCGUCGCCGCGACUCCAGUUUGAGUAUGCAUGCCUUCUGUCCUGUUCGCCAAACCGAGACGAAGUCCGGGAGUCUCUGGAACUCUUCGGUGAACUUCUCGACAUUGGUUUUAACCGGCCCGAUUGCCUCUUUCAGAUUUCCCUAGCGCACCUUAAACUGGGAGAGUACCAUCUCGCAAAACGCAGAGUUGAAACUCUUCUCCGUUUGGAGCCGCGAAAUCUGUCUGCCCUGUCUUUGCACAGCCUAAUCAUAGACCGGGCUUCCCAUGAUGGUCUCAUUGGCUCCGUGCUUCUCGGCCUCGCCGUAGGCGGCUGCGUUUGGUAUCUCACGCGUUUGUGGACGCUAUCAAAAUAA